ACCUCCAAAGUCAAAAAGUCUAACAUCAAACGCGCAGUUGCCCAGUUUGAAAAGAAUUAUAUUAUAUACAUAUAUGAACUUGGAAAUCAUUUGGAAAAGUCUUUCAGCUUUUUCUAUUUCAUUCUCCUCUUAUUACAUUGCAUUCUUCUUUCUUUUCUUUUUUUUUUUUUUUUUUGAAUUUCUUUUCUCUCAAUUAUCCAUUCUGUUUUAUCCCAUAAUCUCGACGGUUUUUUUUUAAUUGUAUCUUAAAUCAAAAUAAUCUAUCUUUUCUCAGUUUCACAUUCAUUCUUUAAUGUUCCCUUUCUUGAAUCAAAACCCAAUUUUGAUUAUACUCUUAUAUCCAGGAUUUUUUUUUUCUCUUUUAUUAGAUCAGGGAUUUUAAAUCUUUUUACAUUGUGAUUGACCUUUAAUUGUUUUUCUUGUAAUAUAAGGUUUUAGUGUUUUUAAUGCUUUCUAACAAAUGGGUUUUGUUUACUUCUGCUAUUAGUUUGUUUGAUUCGUUCUUUUGAUCCAUUGUGUUUUUGGGUUCAAAGUAUUUACUGGGAAAAAUUUAUUUUCAAGUGGAGUUCAGUUUUUUUUUUUUUUUUUUUUCUUUUGUUGGAGAAAUGAGGCUUCUUGUUCGUGUAAUAGAGGCAAGAAAUUUGCCCCCGAUGGAUCCUAAUGGGUUAAGUGAUCCUUAUGUUAGAGUGCAGCUGGGAAAGCAAAAGUUUAAGACCAAAGUGGUAAAGAGGAAUUUGAAUCCUAGUUGGGGGGAGGAAUUCAGUUUCAGGGUUGAUGACUUGAAUGAAGAAAUUGUGAUUUCUGUGCUAGAUGAGGAUAAGUAUUUCAAUGAUGAUUUUGUUGGGCAGCUUAAAGUGCCUAUCUCUAUCAUAUUUGAUGCUGAUAAUAAGUCUCUCGGCACUACUUGGUACACUCUACAACCUAAGAACAAGAAGUCCAAACACAAGGACUGCGGUGAAAUUCUUUUAGGUAUAUGUUUUUCACAUAAUAAUAAGUUUGUUGAUUCAGACUAUAACUGUGAUAAUGCAUCACAGCUGAGGAAGAAUGUAGACACAGGGACAGAAUCUCCUUCUAUGUCAUUUGGUGGGCCGUCAAACUCAUCCUCUCCAGCUAGAUUUGAGGAAACUGCAUCCUCUAAAGAGGAGAAGUCUGGUGUGCAAAAGAAUUUUGCUGUGAGAUUUGCUCAAAUGUUUAAUAAAAGUUCAGAUACAACAGCAAACAUUUGUAGUAGAGGUGGUGACAGUGCAGAGCCACCUGAAACGGCUGGACCUGAUGUUUGUGAUGAUGAGUCUGAAGAUCCUUCUCCUUCUGGUGCCUUUGCAGAAUUCAUGAGAGUAAUGGAAUCUAGAGAUAUGGGAAGUGAACUUCCGGGCAAUCUACCAGGUGGGGUGCUUCUAGAUCAAUUGUAUAUGAUUGCUCCUCAAGAUUUGAACUCUCUACUUUUCUCACCUGAUGCAAGUUUCCCAAGAUCAUUGGCAGAAAUUCAGGGAACGACAGAACAGCAAUUUGGCCCUUGGAAGUUUGAGAAUGGUGGUGAGAACUUAAAAAGGAUGAUUACUUAUAUUAAGGCUGCAACAAAACUAAUUAAGGCCGUGAAAGCCUUUGAGGAACAAACAUAUGUAAGAGGUGAUGGGAAGGUUUUUGCUGUUUUGGUGAGUGUAAGUACUCCAGAUGUUAUGUAUGGGAGCACCUUUAAGACUGAAUUGCUUUACUGCAUCUCACCUGGUCCUGAGAUUCCUUCAGGAGAGCAGACUUCACAUUUGGUAAUAUCCUGGCGAAUGAAUUUUCUACAAAGCACCAUGAUGAAAGGUAUGAUAGAAAAUGGAGCUAGACAAGGUCUGAAGGACAGCUUUGAGCAGUUUGCAUCUUUAUUAUCUCAAAUUGUUAAGCCAGUUGAUUUGAAGGACAUGGGGUCCACAAAAGAACAGGUUUUGGCUUCAUUGCAGGCGGAACCCCAGUCAGAUUUGAAACUGGCUGUACAAUAUUUUGCUAACUUUACUGCAGUUUCCACAGUUGUUAUUGGAUUAUAUGUAUUUGUACACAUUUGGCUAUGCCCUUCCUCCACAAUUCAAGGGCUAGAGUUUGUGGGGCUUGACUUACCAGAUUCAGUUGGGGAAUUUAUAGUGUGUGGUGUCCUGGUUCUUCAAUGUGAAAGGGUGCUAGAGUUAAUCUCUCGCUUUAUGCAUGCCAGAGUUCAAAAAGGCAGUGAUCAUGGAGUCAAAGCCCAGGGGGAUGGGUGGCUGCUCACAGUUGCACUGAUUGAGGGAAAUAAUUUGGCAGCUGUUGAUUCAAGUGGCUUCUGUGAUCCAUAUGUGGUAUUCACUUGUAAUGGACAAACUAGAACCAGCUCGAUUAAGUUCCAGAAAUCUGACCCUCUGUGGAAUGAAAUAUUUGAGUUUGAUGCAAUGGAUGAUCCUCCUUCUACGUUGGAUGUGGAAGUUUAUGAUUUUGAUGGGCCCUUUGAUGAAGCUACAUCAUUGGGACAUGCUGAAGUUAAUUUUCUAAAAUCUAAUGUAUCGGAUCUUGCUGACGUGUGGGUUCCUCUUCAAGGAAAGUUAGCUCAAGCAUGCCAAUCUAAGUUGCACCUGAGAAUUUUCUUGAAUAAUACGGGAGGCAGCAAUGUUGUUAAAGAGUACUUAAAUAAGAUGGAAAAAGAGGUGGGAAAGAAGAUAAAUUUGCGUUCACCUCAAACAAAUUCAUCUUUUCAAAAGCUCUUUGGGCUUCCACCAGAAGAAUUUCUCAUCAAUGAUUUUACCUGUCACCUAAAGCGAAAAAUGCCCUUGCAGGGUCGUUUGUUUCUAUCAGCAAGAAUAAUUGGGUUUCAUGCGAAUCUGUUUGGGCAAAAGACUAAAUUUUUCUUUCUCUGGGAGGAUAUAGAAGAGAUCCAAGUUUAUCCUCCUACACUAUCUUCAAUGGGUAGUCCGAUAAUUGUUAUGACUCUCCGGCAAGGCAGAGGUAUGGAUGCUAGACACGGGGCAAAGACACAAGAUGAGGCAGGAAGGCUGAAAUUCCAUUUUCAGUCUUUUGUAUCUUUCAAUGUAGCUCAUAGGACAAUCAUUGCUCUGUGGAAGGCUAGAUCUUUGACCCCAGAACAGAAGGUGCAAAUGAUAGAAGAAGAAUCAGAAACCAAAAUUCUCCAAACUGAAGAGAGUGGAUCCUUCUUGGAUCUCGAGGAUGUUAACCUCUCUGAGGUUUAUUCUUCUGCGGUUUCUGUCCCUACAAAUUUCUUAAUGGAUCUCUUUGGUGGGAGCGAAUUGGAGCGAAAAGCAAUGGAGAAAGCUGGUUGUCUUAACUAUUCCUAUACUCCAUGGGAACUGGAGAAGGCUGAUGUGUAUGAGAGGCAGAUAUAUUACAGAUUUGAUCAGCGUGUAUCCCGUUAUAGAGGAGAGGUGACUAGUACACAACAAAAAUACCCCAUAUCUGAUCGAAAAGGUUGGAUCGUGCAAGAGGUUAUGACUCUCCAUGGGGUUCCCCUUGGUGACAAUUUUAAUCUUCACUUGAGAUACCAAAUUGAGGAUUUGCCCUCAAAACCAAAAGGCUGUCAUGUGCGCGUAUUUAUUGGAAUUGCUUGGUUGAAAAGCACCAGGCAUCAGAAAAGGAUUACAAAGAACAUUCUCUCAAAUUUGGAAGAUCGGUUGAAGGUGCUUUUCAGUGCGACUGAAAGGGAAUAUGCCAACAGAUAGGAAAGACAUGCACACUGUUGUAGAUGUUGAUGUUGUGGACUUGAAUAAGGUUGAUCACUCAGCUCCUGCUUUCUACAAGAAACGCAUUCUCUGUCUAUUUCGCAAUCCUGCAGACCGCUAGAUGUUCUUUCAGAUAUCAUUUUGCAUAGCUGCUGGGGAUAUUAUUUAUUCAGAGAAAUCCUGAUAUUUUUGAACUUCAAGGGAAAAGAUCUGAAGUGGCCCUUUCACAUGAAGAUUUAGAGUUGAAUUAGAUGGGGAUCAUUUUGUUUAUUUCCGUUCCAUGCUUGUGAAGAUUGAAAGUUCUGUCUAAAAUAGCCUGUAAAUACUUGUACUCCUAUCCUAUAUAGAUUCAGUGGAGCUGCUGCUAUUCUUUUUUUUUUUCUUCGUUUUAUAGUAUAUAUAUACACAAAUCCUUCAUCUC